GCGCAGUCGGGCGGUCCCGUGAGUUUGCGCGGCUGCCGGAAGGAGGCUGCAGUCCGCUGUGCUAAACUUUGAGCGGCUAACGGUCUGAGAAUUGACAAAAAAAGUAACCAAGACUACAUACAUCCGAAGAGAUGACUGAAAGAGCAAACAAUUUUCCACCACUACCAAAGUUUAUUCAUUUGAAGCCUUGCUUCUAUCAAAACUUUGAAGAGGAAAUCCCACCGGAGCACUGCCAUCUUGUCAAGAGAAUUUAUCAUUUAUGGAUCUUUUACAGCAUGACCCUGGCAGUGAAUUUGGUGGGUUGCUUAGCUUGGUUGAUAGCUGGAGGUGGUGCCAUCAACUUUGGCCUGGCCAUCCUCUGGCUUGUUCUUUUCAGUCCCAGUUCGUAUGUCUGCUGGCUUCGUCCAGUUUAUAAAGCAUUUAGAUCUGAUAGCUCCUUUAACUUCAUGGCAUUUUUCUUCAUUUUUGCUGCUCAUAUUGUAUUGGUAACUUUACAAGCGAUUGGUUUCAAAGGAUGGGGGGCCUGUGGAUGGAUAGCUGCCAUUGGGUUCUUCUCUGUUAAUGUUGGUGCCGGAGUGGUCAUGCUGUUUCCUGCAAUUAUGUUCACAGCAGUGGCAAUUCUGAGUGUCCUUGUACUUCUCCGUGUGCACAGAAUCUACCGGGGUGGUGGUGGAAGCUUCCAAAAGGCCCAAGAAGAAUGGAGUGCAGGCACAUGGCAAAAUCCCCCACCUAAUCAAUUAGCAUUUCAAACGGUUACUGGUAAUACCCUGCCACAGUACCCCACAGUGCCAAGAUACCCUGGUGAAAAUGACUGGUCCUAGGAUGUGAACCUUCGGACACAAAGUUUACUUUAUAUUUUUAUGAUGUCAUUUAACAUUUAAAUUGCAAAUUAAUGAUCUUCAUUGUAAAUGCCUUAUAUAAUGCUACAUGUUGAAAAUGUUAAGGCAUCUCUCAUUGGAACUUGUUGCAUCACUAAGACUUCAAAAUCAUGAACAUUAGCAUCGGAAAGUCUUACUUGUGUAUUAUGUUUUUAUUACAUUUGUUUGCUUUCAGGACUGAGGUUUCUAAUCAGCACUAACUGCCAUUAUCUCAGACUUCCAAAGUGUAUCAAAUUGAAAUUAGUUCCAAAAUUUAGUCUGUGACUUUUAAAUGUUGAUUCUCUUUUUAAUCUGAUCAUGUCCAGAGUUAAAGUACUUCAUCCAUUCUCAUCAGCAAAAUCUGACCUAAAUUCAGAACCUUGAAAUGUUCCGCUAAAUGGACCUAUUUCCAUACCUUUCUGUACUUGCUUUAUCAAAGGAACCUUCAUUAUCUUUGGAUCUCACUGUAACAUCCAUGAUUGCAGCAACUCGACUGCUUUUUAAAAAUAAUAUUGGGGAUCCAGCAACUGCCAUCUUCAAUGACAAAGUUUGACUCCUUAAAAACUGACCAAUCAUCCUGCAUUGCCUUGUUACACAGCAGGACAAUGAUUCAGUUACGCCUCUUAAUGCAUGAUUACUUGACCACAGGAUAGUGACUAGAUGUGUGUCCCAAAGUCUUGUUACUCAGGCAAAAAUGCCUGCAAGAUCAGUUUUGCUGUAGCCAAACUACAUUUAACAGGAUAGAUAUUAGUUGUUAAUAAUAGAUAAAGUUCAACUCAGAAAACACAUCAAACCUCUUAAUCCAACCAUUGGAACCUGGAUUGCCCUUGAAAUAGGCCACACCAAUACCUUGCAUUGGGAGACUGGCCCAUUGGAAGAACUCCUCCCUCCAAGUGAUAUUAACACCUAUACUAUUAUUGUCAGCAUCGUCCACAGGUACACUAAAGGUCCUACCCCUGUGAUACUUAAGACAUUUAAGUUCUCGGAAUCUAAGUAUAGUAUCUUCCAAGUCAAUCCCUGCAAAUAUGUCCCACACCCUCCUAAAACAGUAACUUUCUAAUAAUCGCAAUGGGAAUCUGGGUAGCCAAUCUUGGAAUACCUUAUUAAUAUUGAUUGGGAGAUGUAGAAUCUUUUUGAUAAACUUUCUAAUAACCUCAUCCAUACCUUACAACAUAUUUUGCAAUACCUUGUUUAAAAUUAAGGAAUAGUAAAAAUUAGAUAUUACAAAAAUCUUAGCCAGUUCAAGUUUUUGAGUAGGCUUUAGUCUGGCCUUAUUGACUUUAUCCAACCAAUUAGUUAAUUUCAAAACUAAAUCCUUGCCGAAGCUACCAAUCCAAGGAUCAGUCCUUGCCCUGAGAUAUUUCUCUAAUGAGCCUGGAUUGAUAAAAUGUAAGUCCAUCUUGUUAAUUGUUCAUCGGCUGGCCUUAUUAUAAAUAAAGCUUUUGUUUCUGGCAGACAUAUAGAAUUCAGCAGGUUUACCAACAUUUCUGAGGACCCAUUUUUACACAGAAACCUUCCACAAUCCUGAGGAUGUGUCCUGUGCCUUUGAACGAAUCGCUGAUGACAGCAACGUGAUCAGCUAAGGCAAAUGCCAUAUAGGACAUAUCACAGUCAAUCAGAUUAAAACCACUUCCAUCCCUUUCCAAGAACAUAAUAAAAUGUCCAUUAUACAGUUAAAUAAAGGGGAGAGCAGGAAUGGGAGUGGUCUUCUCCUCCUUUCCCUCAAUAGCCGUAAAAGAUCUAAAACAAAAUCAUUAAAAACUCUACACACACCGAGUAUAUCCAGGGCCCUACUGAUAACAGUAUGUCCAACAGAAUCAAAAGCUUUGGCCAAAUCUAUAUUUAACAAAAACAACUACAAUGUCCUUAACAACACACACAAAGUGCUGGAGGAACUCAGCAGGUCAGGCAGCAUCAAUCAGGCAGGACUCAGUCCUGAUGAAGGGUCUCGACCCAAGACAUCGACUGUUUAUUUCCCUCCACAGAUGCUGCCUGAUUUGCUGAUCCAGCAUCUGCAAAAUCUCUUGUGUUUUCGCAAUGUACUUAAAAUUUCUUUUGGCUCCCAGUAACAAAUUAACAAGAGUUGAGACGAUGGGUAUUUCCCAGAAAUCUAUUUCAGGUUACCAACUGAUAAACUUUGAUUGCAUCUUAAUUAUUUCUUCAACUUGUACAGUCUCCCACUUUAAAUAGAACAAAUUUAUGGUCUAUUUGAUCAGUUUUACUGUGUGUCAUCAAAUCAAAACACACAAUAUGCCCUUACUAAAUCAAUCUUAAAGUUCUAUAAAACAAAACUCUGAAUGCUUGAAGAAGACAAAACCAAUUAACCAAGUUUACAUUAGUUAAACGAAAGUGUCUAAUUAUGCUUGUGCUUGAGUGGUCCAAUGAGAGGCAAUAUGCAUUUACCCAGAAUGUUGGACCCUUUAAGUUGGUUUAUGAAUCGACUUAAUGUCAGCAAGGGACAUGAUAAUUGCAAGUACUGGGUUAACAUAGUGGUGGAAGAUACUAAUAUUUUUAUAUUGCAUCCAACUUGUCAGAUCAAAACGACAAGAAAAUAUUUCAGACAUUAAAGAUGCCAACAAUUACUUGGAAAAUUAAAAUUUUGUAUGUGGGGAGAUGUAUGCUGUUUGAAACAUGGCUUCCUGAAUAUUGCAUUACACUAAAUAAGUUUUUUAGUACAGAUCUCAACUGUUUGUACAAAAUCUCAGAUUUUUAAAGAUGCUGCUUACUAUGCCUUUAUUUCUGUAAAAUGUAUCUACUAAAUUGUUUUCCUCCUUCAAUAGUGCAUUUUGGCCUUAAAGUCAAAGUCGAGUUUAUUGUCAUAUACACAAGUACAUGUGUGCACAGGUGCAAUGAAAACCUUACUUGCAGCAGCAUCACAGGCACAGAGCAUCAUAUAAGCAGCAUUCACAAAAUAAACAUAAAUUAAACAAAUUUUACAAGAAAAAACACAAUUAGAACAAAAGAAACAAACUCCAUUUUACUGCAAAGUGGUCAAACUUGGUGAAUGGCACCUGAAUCUCUAAGUUACUGUCCAUGCAUUAAUUUCAAAAAACAAUUUUGUCUGUCCUUUGGAAAAACUUGGUUAAUUAUAUAUUUUCUUUACUAAAUAAUAGCCUAAAUAACAGGUGACUAAAUGCUGUAUGAUGAAUACAUGCAUAUCUGAAAAUUUUGAUGCAUUACUCUAGUUAUUGUCCCGUUUAAAGAUGUAGUUAUCUAAAUCCAUUCCAAAUGCUCACACGCUACUGAAAUUCAAGGCUGCUGUCUUCAUUAAAUAAUAGAAAUGAAGAUUUUUCAAAAUAUCUAAUUCAAACAUAACACAUAUUCCAAACCUUUGAGUGUGUAAUUUUUCUUUUCUGAAAACAAUUUCAGAAUAUUGUUCAAUUUUCUGAUACUGACCUCUGAAGUGUGAUUUGAUGAUUAUUAAUAAAAACAAAUUGCCAUAAGGCAAUAACACACAUUCCAUAUUCCAAAUAACUGCAUAAUUGGAGGAGAAUGUAAUUUUUUUACAUAUAACAGUGAAAAUCUUUUACAUUUCAGAUGACAAAUAAAGUCUUAAUAAUUUUUCAGUAAUUAGUUAGAAUUUUGUGGACACUCCGUUUUAUAUUUGGCUUGUCACUUGUUGACCUUGAAAUAAGUGCAGCUUUUUUCAGGAUAUCUAGUAGGUACUAAGAACAAACUAUAUUGUCAAAUUGUCACCAGCUUCAUGAUGUUGACAGCAGUGAGUACAGCCAACUGAUGCUUUUAAUGGAGGAAGAUUGUCCUUGCUAGUUAAUCCAAUCAUUUGGGAUGAUCACCUUUCUACGAUAAUAUAUAGAAGUGAGGGAGAAAGAAACAAAUGGACUAAUAUGAAAGCAGUAUUGCUUCUAAGCUGUAUCGCUUUUUUUAUGAUGCAUACUUCCUUCUGACAUUGUAAAGGAAUGGGUUCAUUUGCUUUCCUUGCAGAUAGAAAACAAUUAAGAGACCAACGAAAUGCUCAGCAGCAACCAGUCAUGUGCUUUGAACGUUUUAUUUAAAUACAUUGUGCCCAUUUUCCUAAGUGCACUUACCUAUUCUGUCAUUAUUGUUAUAGCUGCCAAAGCCUAAUGGGUGGAAGUGCCUUCUAAUGGUGUUUCUAGCUGAAACUGUGCUGUAGAAUGAAUACAUUUUAACACUAGAAACAGUGUUGUAGUCAGAAAAUGGCUGCUAUUAAACAAUUUCAUCGCAGAAGUUUUACUGUAUAAAAAUAAUGAAAUUUCUGUAUAAUAAGCAUGAGGUCGCUAACAUUCUAAUCCCAGUGAAUCACUCAGAAAAUUACGGAAACACUUGCCUUUGGAUAGUUUUCCAAAUGUAUUUUUUUGUUGGGAGAAGGUUUAAAAAUGAAAUACUUAUUUGCAUUAUAUCAGAAAAUAAACGUUCAAGAAAUUAGAUUUAAAUACUUUGUCAACACAAAUAUAUUUGUACUCCUUUGGUACAUUAGUGUAAAUUUGAAGAGAGAGUUAUGAGCUUUAUACUUAUUAAUGCUUUUGAACAGUUGGUUAAUUGCAGGAUUUGAGCUGAAAUGUUAUAUGACAUGAAUAAUUUAAGUGUUAUACACCAAGGAUGCAUGGAGAAUUCAGUAAACAGCAUAUGGAAGCUUAAGUUAUCAAAAAUUCUUUUUUAGAUGUUAAUUGCUAUAGAUGCAUUACAGGAUUCCUUUCUAUAUUAAUGCGUUUGCUUGGGUGUCUGAUAUAGCUUGCGUGGAAAUAACACGAACAAUUAUAUAAGUAUAGUUUGCUAAUUGCUGUGUGAGCUUUGAUACUAUAAUGGGGCAUGGCUAUACAAUUACUGCAUAUGAAUUUAUAUUUUGCUCAUGUGGUCAUGCAAAACUGCUCGGCAGUUGUCCCAUUUUUCAGUAUUUAGUGUUCAAUCUUAUAAGCAGAGAUGCGGAACUGUUUGGAGAUGAGAUGAGGGGGAAAGGGCUUGAGAAAAAGCUGUGGAUCAUACACUGAUUCCAUGGAGAAGGGAGAUAUACACACACACAUAUAUAUAUAUAUAUAUAUACACACACACAAAAUAGUACACUUUCCAAGCUGCUUGUGACCAGAUUUUAAAUCUUAAAACACAGCUGUCAGGGAGAAUUCACAGCCUUUUUUUGUUUGAAGCAUCGUGAUUUUUAUGGAGGAUAUUAUUCAAUUUAGGGUACUAUAAGCAAACCUUCUCAGUAACAUUGUUUUUUGGUGUGAUUUUCAAAUAUAGUGAAAAUUAGUAGAGAAUGAUGAAGAGAGUCCUCAUAUUACAAAACCAUUCCUUCUCACGAAAACUUUCAUUUACAGAAAUGUAAAUAUAUAUUACUUUCACAAACCUACUUGUUAAAAUUGAAGCCUGUGAGCAAACCUUUUGAAAUCUAUUGGGAAUGUAUAGAAUAGCCAUAACAGUUUUGGAAUAUUCAAAUUAUAAUUGAUUUGAAGUAGGUCAUCAAAUACGAGCAAGUGUGAGGAGGAGCUUUGAACUUGAAUCAAUUUCUGACUAACACUCUUUAUUAGCAAUGCCCUCAGUAUAACUUCAUAUUAAAGGAAGGGUUUUUCUUUAUUAAGUGUCAUAUGUCAUUGGUUUCGUUUAGAAGCAACAGAGUUUUAGUUAGAUACAAACUUGGAGUUUUGUUAAUAUUAAUCUAAUUUCAUGCUCUUAAAAUUAGACUUCUAACAUUCCAUAUUAGAGUGCAACUUACAUUAAACAGAUGCUUUUGGUGAUUAUUCCAUUUGUUAUAUCUUAAAUUCCACUUUAAUUGAGAGCACUUCUGCAGUUAUGUAUUAUUUAAUGUAGUUUCUUAAGGCUUCUAUAACUUGGAUGAUUUGUAUUUGGUAGUCAGAACAGAAUGCACAAAAGAAUAUUUUAGUUUUUAUGCUUCGUCUGAAAAAGCAAGAUUGCAGUGUUCUGCUUCCAGGUUUUUGAACCUAAGGUGACACAUUUCAUGUGUUUGUGUAAUUUUUUUUUGUCUAUUGUAAUAACUUUUUAUAUUCCUUUUGUGGAUAAAAGUAGUUUCUUCAAACGUUUCUACACAAGGUAUUUAUAAUGUAUCUAUAAUUCCUUUAAUUUAGUCUCCCUGUUCUGACUUGGGUGUUGAUAGAAAAUCCACAAUGUAUGGAAAAGCUAACUUAAGAUUUUCUAUGAACAUUUGAAAGUUUACCAUUUAUUUUCAUCAGUAAGGAACACUAUUGAUUCUUUCAAGAUUCCCCAUUGUUCCCCUUUAAGGCCAUAUCAGUCUUUUUUUUUCAUUUUGAGUGACAUUUUUAAUCUCAAUAUUUUACACUGAAUAAUACUUCCUGCAAAAUUAAGUGUUAGAAUUCUGAUUUCCUCUGUAUUGCCAUAUUGACAUUCUUGCAGUUACCAUUGUUUAUCUGAUUAUAGUUACAAAAAUUGGGGUAUGACAUUUGUGUUGUUAUAAAUCAAUUGAAGUACUGUUUGGAUUUCACAAUGUUUAUAAUUGCUGCUUGGCAGAAGAUUUUUUUUUAAACUAUUUCUUGUUUAGAAUGCAGUAAUGUGUCAAUUACGAAUAAAGAAAAUAUGCCAGUAAAGUGGUUGGCUGAUCAGGUAACCUCCCAUCUUCAGGCAGUAUCUCUUUCUGAUUGGUGGUGUGGACUGAGUAAUAUGAUUCUGCCUACUUUCCAUUUAUGCUCUGUUUGACACUUUAACUGGGUGCAGACAGAAACUCAUAUGGCAAAAAUUAAUUGGCUAACUUCCAGAACACUUUGAAUGGUCUGUAAAGUUUUGAAGCUAAUGAAUUAAUUUACAAGGGGUUUUUGUGAAUAUUUUAUUUCUAAUGUACGUGGCGGACAAUUUCAUAGCAGAUAAUUGAUUCAUGUAAGUAUACUAAAGUUAGUUGCUUGUCAAAAUUAGAAGCAAUGUGCCCUUUUUUUGUUAAACUUUGUUCUCUCAUGAAAUGUAAUCAUCUAAUAAUUGAAACUGAAAAGAAGUUGCUAAAACUUCCUUCUGGAUGUGCUAUUUUUCUGAACUGACAGCUUUACUCAUUUGAAUAUAUUUUAACAUGCCUGUUAUGUAUUUUGCCUGUUUUGAAAUUUGUUGUGUACGGAAAGUUAAAUGUGAAAUAUAUUGUUUCUUAUUUAAGGGAAAUGUAUUGUUUUAUUUAAAAAAAACCUGGUGAUUGCAGGGCCAAGAACUUUGUGGGAAGAAUACUUUAUUGUAAAAUUAUAACCUUGCAGUACUAAUAAACUGCCUGUGAUAAGUGA